UUCUCAGUCUGACAUAGUCUCAUUGCAAGGGAGGAUUUGUGGUCCAGGUGAAGGUCAGAGGGACAACCUCACACAGCUGCCUUUCUCACAUAUACUCACUGUGUGUAAUGCCUUCUGGCAUGUUCAGCAUUGAUAAUAUUUUGGCUACCAGACCUCGCUGCAAGGAGUCAGUGCUUCUCCAUCAGAAUGGUCCUGUGGUGUUCCCCAGCCUGGGAGACACUUUGUAUGGGACAGCAGAUUACAGCGGAUUUUACAACAGAGCUGUGGCUUCAAACUCCAGCCUACAGCAAGCGGUCAAUGGGUCCAGACUGGGAUUCAGCAAUUACUAUUAUGGGCAGCUGCAUGUGCAAGCUCCGGUGGGACCCUCCUGCUGUGGGGCUAUACAGCCUCUGGGGGCUCAACAGUGUUCCUGUGUGCCAGGGGCAGCAGCAUAUGAUGGGGCAGGUUCAGUGCUAAUUCCCCCAGUUCCACAUCAGAUGCUCCCCUACAUGAAUGUGGGCACCUUAUCAAGGACAGAACUCCAGCUGCUUAACCAGCUUCACUGCAGAAGGAAAAGGAGACAUAGGACCAUCUUCACUGAUGAACAGCUGGAAGCUUUGGAAAAUCUCUUCCAGGAGACAAAGUAUCCAGAUGUGGGCACCAGGGAACAGCUGGCCAGGAGAGUACAUCUCAGAGAAGAAAAAGUAGAGGUUUGGUUCAAAAAUCGCAGAGCAAAAUGGAGAAGGCAAAAGAGAUCUUCAUCAGAGGAAUCAGAAAACACCCAAAAGUGGAAUAAAGCUUCCAAAACAUCAGCAGACAAAACAGAAGAAGGAGUCAAAAGUGACUUGGACUCUGACAGCUGAUUUUUAAGCUGGAGUUGGACUAAAACAAACCCCAAUUGCACAAACAAUGCCAUGUUGUGGAAUAUGUACAUAGAAUGUAAAUAUUAUCAAGUGAUUGCUUGUAAAUAAAAUGUGUUGCAGGCAUCUUGCACAGAUAUACACUGUACUGCCAGUCUAUUUAUAC